UUUAAGUCGUCACAUUUGAAAAGCGGAAGUGAAGAAGUGCGACGAAGAAAUUUCACAAGAACAGUGUAUCUUUAGUUUUUUAGUAAUUUUUGUCAUAAAACGAUCAAAAUGCUUAUUAAAGUAAAGACACUGACUGGAAAAGAGAUUGAGAUCGACAUUGAACCAACAGAUAAGGUUGAAAGAAUCAAGGAAAGAGUUGAGGAGAAAGAAGGAAUUCCACCACCACAACAACGACUGAUCUUUAGUGGAAAACAAAUGAACGAUGAGAAAACUGCGGCUGAUUACAAAGUGAGUGGAGGAUCUGUUCUCCACUUGGUGCUAGCUUUACGUGGAGGACUCUGACCGAUGCCAAACACACACUUAGUCAUUAUGUGGAUACUUGAUAACGUCGACGGUAGUCAUUUUGUCAGCAUUUGACAGAUGUCGACUUUUAAGUAAUUUUGUGAAUACUUGAUGUGUCAGAAUAUUUUCCAUGUUUGUGUUUUUGCAACAAGAACGGCCAGAUGUAACAAUGUGCUAGAUAAAAACACUUGACUCUGCAGGAUAAAAACACUCGACUGCAAGAUAAAAACACUACACUGCAAUAAAAAAAUUCCCGUUUUUAAAUCGGCUGACAUAUGACCUGUUUUACAGUUACUUGAUCUGCAUUUAACUGUACUUGUUGUCUAUAAUGGUAUUUUCAGUUGCCUUGCACAACUGGCUCAUUUCCACGUACAGUUCUAAUGGUUUAUGUCUUUAAGAAACACAUUUCAUUGUUUAAAAAAUAUUUCAAAUAAAAUGCCAUGCCCCCCCCCCCCCCCCGAAAAACGAAAAAAAAACGCAGGCCAAAUUAACUGAAAUUAAUUUAAUCUGCUAGUGAAGAAGGUGGUUUAUCAAGAUUAUUAUUAUAGAACUGUUACAAAUGUAAACACUUUCAAAUUAAAUAUUAAAAGUGUUUUAUAGAUAUUUUGCACUUUGAAUAUGAUAGUAUCUUAACUCCGUUGUGAUGGUAACAUGUUUUUUUUAAAUUAGUUAUUAUUUCAAGUCGUGAUAUUUACUCAUGUCUUCUCAACAGAUAUUGGCAACUUGGAUGUUAGUUUUCAGUAAUUCAUACUGCACUCUUUCAAAGGUUCAAAGGGAUCUUUUCACUUUCAUAAUAAAAAAAGUGUGAAAAGUAAAAUUAAUAAAAUAAAAAAAUCAUUUAGCAAAUGCGAAAAUGUAGCAAUUGUCUCGAAGAGUGCUACUACACCCUCUAAUUUGCUUUGUAAACAAAAUAGAGAAAACAUAGACUGUUUUCUCUUUUUAUAAUACUUAACCUGACCUCAUACAAUGGCAUAUUCCCCUACGGAUAGUAGACUGGUCCAAACAUCUCAACAGCCAGUGGGAUGGCUAAAAUCUUCCAAUGAGUUUGAGGUCAGGUUAAGUAAAAAAAAACACCAAACAAACUUUCUUGAUUUCAAAAACAUCAAACGUUUAACCGUGUCUGUAGCUGUUUAGCACCUUUUUUUUCCAGAUUACUUUCAAAUCAGCCUUACAAACCAAGUAUUUAAUGUAACUGUCAAAAUUAACAUCUAAAUGCAAUUGUUAAAAAACAAAACAAUCCACAAUGCCUUUAAAAAACCCACCUAGUACCCAGUUUAUUUACAAGGAGCCUUCAAUUCGUUGUAAUGUGUGGGGAAAAGGGUUUUUAUUCCAUCUAAUAGAAUUAAGAUUGUUUUUGCCAACAUGACGAUGCCUUUAUUUUCCAUGUUUGUUAAUAUACAUGUAUGUACAUCAUUUGUAUGGACAAUAAAUUAUUAAAAUAUG